UUUUUGUAAACACGAGAAGAGUGUGGAGUUAUAAGCAUGUAAAAAUAUUUCAAUAUUUUUCUUCAAUUUUAUCGCACAGAGUAAUGUGUUUUUGAAUCAAAAAGUGAUAUUUGAACUCUGCUUAAGAAGAGGUUACGAUGAAUAUUAACGUAGCGUUGGACGAACAUUUGACAAGUAACAGUUGCGUGAAACUUGUGAUCGAGCUUUUGAAAUACAUUUUAUAUCAGAAACAGCAAAUACCCUUCACGUGCGAUUCACUGUCUCAACUGAAAAUGAAACCGACUGACAGGAAUUUGUCUUCCAUAAGAACGUUGUUAAGCUCGUUGAAAAGCACCUCGGAACAGUUAAACUCGCAAUUUCAUCAGAAACACUGCAAAAUCAAAGAAAUCGCAAUACUUAUCGGCGCAACAAUAAUAUCACCGAAAUUGCACAUUAGAAUUGAAUUUCCAUCCGAUAUUCUCAAUAGCCAGGAGCACUUUGAAUGCAAACACGCUUCCAGAAAACCCUUGUUAAGUUUAAUGAGGUCAAUAUUGGAAUGUCCUGAGUUUCAAGCUGCAUUGUCAUUGCCACUGAGCCCUACGAACACCUUUGUGCUGAUACAAAAGAGUGAUGAUAAUUUGGUAUCAGAGUUCUUUUUGCCUAAACCUCAGUAUAUACCUUCCAAUCAGAGUUCCAAUUAUUUUGUAAUUAAAUUGCAACACAAUGAUCAAGUAAGACUGAAUUGCAAUUGCAUGAACUUAGUGAAAGUUUAUAACGAAGUAUCCGAAUCUGAUACCACUAGGAGCAAGGAUACUGAAUUUUUAAAUAAGUCAAAUGUGAGUAUCGUGCAUGUUCCUUAUCAGUGGUAUCAAUCUAGAGAAGUGAUCAGAGGAUUCAAAUUUUUAAGAUGACCAUAGAAUUUGUUACUAAGACUAUAGCAAAUUUUUAAUUGGCCUUCAGUAUUAGAUCAAUUUUUAUACGGACACUGUGUAUGUUAAUCAUGAUAUUGAAAACAUAUAGGUAACUACAAAAGUAUUGUAUAGGUUGUAGUUUUUAAAAUCUUUUAUAACAACUUGUUAAUAUUGUAGGAUAUAUAUUGAUUUACAUAUUGAAAUCAUAUUGAUUAUAAAUAAAAUUAUUACUGAACCGUCAAACAAUUACAUAUUUUUUUAUCAUUUUAUUGUCAUCUAUUUUACAUACAAACUUACAUACUGAUAUAUGUAAAAUUUCUACGAAAUAAA